AUGCUGUCGCCUGCCCCAAUCCGGUGCGCUACGACUGCGACGCCGGGUUCGCCGCGUGGGAGGAGAAGUGGUCCUCGGACAAGAAGGCGCAGUCGGCUUCACAGGGGUUGCCAAGCAACACCAGCCUAUGACUGUGACCUGGGCUUCGCCCAGUGGCAGCAGAGCUGGUCCCAGCUGAAGCAGCAAUGGUGCUGCGUCCAGCAAAGCCGCGGCUGCCAGGAGUCGGCGCCGGCUCCAGCCCCGGUGCAGGUGGUGCACGUGGUACACCACGUGCACACCGUGGAGCACGUGGACCAUGUGCUGCAUGGGGACCACGUGGACUACGUGCACCACUCCCAUCGAGUGGAGUGGCCGCUGUACAGCUGCUGGGAAGAUGCUCACUGGCGCUCCUGGUCACCGCACCAGAGGCAGUAUUGCUGCCAGCAUGAGCACCUCUACUGCGACGAUAGCAUGGACACGCAUCAGCACUACCACACCCACGUGGUGCCGUACGACACGCACACGCACUACCACACGCAUUACACCACGCAGUACCACACGCACCACACGCAUGUGAAUUUGCCUUUCGAUUGCGCGGCCGGCGUCUCCAACUGGAGGAGCGGUUGGUCUUCCGAGAAGAAGAGCUACUGCUGUGAGACGUACACCCUGGGCUGCGAGGAGAGUGACGUCUUGCCCAUGGAGACCGGUGAGGUAAAUGAUGCUGUGGAGGGUGACGCCACUGUCUCCUCCGGCGGUGACAUGGACGAGCUGGAGGGCGACGCCACAGUCUCCUCCGGCAGUAACAUGGACGGGCUGGAGGGGCAGGGCGACGCCACUGUCUCUGGCGGUGGCAUGGGCGGGCUGGAGGACGCCAGCACUAUUUCCGGCGAGAUGGGCGGGCAGGGCGAUGUCGCUGUCUCCUCCGGCGGUGACAUGGACGGGCUGGAGGGCGACGCCAGCACUGUCUCCUCCGGCGACAUGGACGGGCUGGAGGGCGACGCCAGCACUGUCUCCUCCGGUGGCGACAUGAACGGGCUGGAGGGCGACGGCAGUGUCUCCUCCGGCGAGCUGGACGGGCUGGAGGGCGACGCCAGCACUGUCUCCUCCGGUGGCGACAUGAAUGGGCUGGAGGGCGACGGCAGUGUCUCCUCCGGCGAGCUGGACGGGCUGGAGGGCGACGCCACUAUCUCCUCCGGCAACAUGGAGGGGCUGGAGGGAGACGUCAGCACUUUCCCGUCCGGGAUAGAUGGCACGGAGGUGGCGAGCACGGAUGAUGGCGCAGUAAUCAACUGA